AAUGGCAAAGGAUAAAAUACUUUCUGCUAAACUUAAGUAAUAAGAAUUCAAAACAAAAUCGACUCAAUUGAAGACUUAAAAAAUAGCUUAAUUGCUUGAGCCAUAGUUUUAGUAAAGUGUAGAAAUAGAUGAUGAGAGACCAUUAUUAAAGAUUUCUAAUUUUAAGGAUUAUUUACCAGAAGAGAAUGUUCAAAAUGUAGAACUUAUAUUCAUUAAAACAAGAUUAUCAAUUUAAAAUUAAAAUCAGGACCAUAUAAACUUUCAGUGACACCAUAAACAACAUAUUUAGCAGGAGAAUCAGGUCAUAUAGCUGCUUUUAAUUGGAGACACAAAUAAUUAGAAUGUGAAUUCGAUGUUAAAGAGAAAUGCUAUGAUAUAGUUUCUAUUGCUUAAAGAAAUUUUGCUGUAGCUCAAAAAAGUUGCAUUUAUAUUUACGAUCCAAAAGGAGUUGAAGUUCAUAAAAUUAGAGAAUGCAAACAAGCAACUAAAUUAGAGUAUUUACCAUAUCAUUAUUUAUUGGCUGCACUAAAUUAAAAUGGAUAAUUGACUUAUUAGGAUAUAACAUAAGGAAAAAUAAUAUCAAGUAAAAUAUUUAAUGAUUAUAGCAUAUAGAACUACACCAUCACCUUUAUGUUUAAAAUAAAAUAAUAACAAUGCAAUAUUAGGAAUAGGAGAUCAAAUGGGAGUUGUUAGAAUGUAUGCUCCUAAUACUGGAACUUCACUUACUUCUAUGUUGUGUCAUAAAGGAGGAGUGAUGUCAAUGACUUUCUCACGUGAUGGUAAUCACUUAAUUACAAGUGGAUCAGAAGGAACAAUAAAGGUUUGGGAUCUUAGAACUUAAAAAUUAUAAUCUUAAAUUGGAGUCAAUGCCACUAACUUAGCUUUAAGUGAUAAAGGAGUUUUAGCUGCAGGGAGAGGAACAGAUAUUAUUAUGUGGAAAAACUGUUUAAUUGGAGAUUUAAAAACACCCUAUUUAAGAUAUAAGGCUUCUUCAAUGCUUUGUGAUAUUGAUUUCAUUAAACAUGAAGAUUAUUUAGCAAUGAGCACCUUUGAUAGUUAUGAACAAACAGUAGUACCAGAAAGUGGUGAACCAUUUUUUGAUACUUAUGAAUAACCAGAAUUAUAAAAUAAAAAAUAGAGAUUAGAAACUAAUGUCAGAUAAUUGAUUGAAAAAGUAAGCUAUUAAUUUAAUUAAUUUUAUAGUUGCCACCAGAAUCUAUAUCUCUUUAAUCAUAUAGGAUUGGAACAAUAGAUAGAACUUCAAAAAGUAUAAUUGAAAAGGAAUAAAAAAAAUAAAUUGAAGAAUAGGCAAGCAAAAAAAUAAAGAAACAAAAGAAAAAAAUGAGAGGAAGGUAUAAAAUUCACACAAUUAUCUUAGAAAUAAAAUUGGUAAGAGAGAGAAACUCAAGGAAUUAGAAAGAGAUCAAAAAUAAUAAGUUAAAUGGUAAGAAAUGUUAUCAGAUGCUCUUAGAGUUAAAAGAGCUGAGAAAGAAAAGAAAAAGAUUGAAACUAAAUUAUUAGAUAGAUUAGAAUAGAUGCCUAGCAAAGAAUUUAUUAGAGUAGUAUCAUGAAAUUUGUAUAAUAUUAAACUCAAUAUAUUUAAUUAUUAAAGUAUCCAAAUUAUUUUAUUCUAAUAGAUGAUUGCAUUUUAAUUAAAAGAUGUGGAUAAAGGUUUGAUGCCAGAUAGAAUUAUAUAAGAAAUUAUUAGCAGAUUGCCAAAAGAAUCUGUUGAAAAAGCUAAAUAUUUCUCUCAAUUAUUCGAUUAAGCUUCACAAAUUCUUACAGAUGAAGGGAAUGAUGAAUUUGUUAAAAUUGAAAAAGCAAUUAUAAAUAAUGAUUUAAGAAAUUAAGUAUGGGAAGUUAAUUUCAGAGGAGAUGAAAAUACAGAGUAUUAAGAUAAAAAGAUUCAAGGUAUUGCAUAUCUUUAAUAACUAAGGUUAUUUAAUACUACCAAAUGAUUAUCCUACAGCUGCUCCAAAAUUCUAUUUUUGGUUUUUUAGAGAUAAUUCUAAAAUAAUUCAUGAAAAUAUUUAUGGAGGUUCUAAAUAUAAAUAUUUUAGAUGGAUUACUUUGUAUGCCUAUGGUGACAAAUAAUUGGAAAGGUAAUGAAGGAUUAACAUAAGUGUUGAUGACAAUAAGAGAUAUUUUUAAUCAUCCAAAUGAUAAAGAUCCAGCCAAUCCUAUAUUUACAAAGGCUCCUAUUAUUGAAAAGACUAGAAGAAGAAAAACUUAAUCAGAAUUAUUGGAAGAUUGGGAAUGA